AUGAAUCUAAACCUAAAUCUGAAACUAUACCUAAAUCUAUACCUAAAUCUAAAAGUAAACCCAAAUAUAAAACCAAAUCUAAACCUAAAUCUAAAUCUAAACCUAAAUCUAAAUCUAAAUCUAAACCUAAAUCUAAAUCUAAACCUAAAUCUAAACUUAAAUAUAAUCCUAAAUCUAAACAUAAAACUAAACCUAAAUCUAAAUCUAAACUUAAAUAUAAUCCUAAAUCUAAUCCUUAAUCGAAAUAUAAAUCUAAGCCUUAAUCGAAUUAUAAAGUGGGUUUUUUUUUGUUGGAAGAAAAGCUAA